AGGUUUCUCCUCUUUCCAGUAUCUUAUUAUGUUGGAACGUUGGGAACUCACACUGAAAUCAAGAGAGUGGCAGAGGAAAAGGUUACCUUGCCCUGUCACCAUCAACUGGGGCUUCCAGAGAAAGACACCCUGGACAUUGAAUGGCUGCUCACGGAUAAUGAAGGGAAUCAAAAAGUGGUUAUUACUUACUCCAGUCGUCAUGUCUACAAUAACUUGACUGAGGAACAGAGGGGCCGAGUAGCCUUUGCUUCCAACUUCCUGGCAGGAGAUGCCUCCCUGCAGAUUGAGCCUCUGAAGCCAAGUGAUGAAGGCCGAUACACCUGCAAGGUGAAGAACUCAGGACGCUAUGUUUGGAGCCACGUCAUACUAAAAGUCCUAGUGAAACCAUCCAAGCCCAAGUGUGAGCUAGAAGGAGAGCUGACAGAGGGCAGCGACCUGACCCUGCAGUGUGAGUCGGCCUCUGGAACUAAGCCCAUUGUGUAUUAUUGGCAGCGAAUCCGGGAGAAGGAGGGAGAGGAUGAACACCUGCCACCCAGAUCUAGAAUUGAUUACAACAACCCUGGGCGAGUGCUGCUGCAGAAUCUCACCAUGGCCUCCUCUGGUCUCUACCAGUGCACAGCAGGCAACGAGGCUGGAAAAGAAAGCUGUAUGGUACGAGUGACUGUACAGUAUGUGCAAAGCAUCGGCAUGGUAGCAGGAGCAGUGACGGGCAUAGUGGCUGGAGCUCUGCUCAUUUUCCUCUUGAUAUGGCUGCUAAUCCGCAGGAAAAGCAAGGAGAGAUAUGAGGAGGAGGAGAGACCCAAUGAGAUUCGAGAAGACGCAGAAGCCCCCAGAGCCCGCCUUGUGAAGCCUAGCUCCUCUUCCUCUGGCUCCAGGAGCUCACGAUCUGGCUCUUCCUCCACCCGCUCCACAGGGAACAGCGCCUCCAGAAGCCAGAGGACACUAUCCAGUGAAGCAGCGCCCCAGCAAGGGCUAGCCACCCAGGCGUACAGCCUAAUAGGACCAGAAGCAAGAGGUUCUGAACCAAAGAAAGUGCACCACACGACCCUGACCAAAGCAGAAACCACACUCAGCACAAUCCCCAGCCAGAGCAAAGCCUUCCAAACUGUCUGAAUCACAGUGGACUUGACUUGCGCUUUUCCAGAAGUCAGGAUCUCAGCCUAGCCACCGGAGCUCCUUCACCAGCCACACAAGCCCCUCAGCCAGAUAAGAACUCACUUAAGUAGCUGCCAACAUGGCACGGGCAAGUUCUGAUGCUCACCUUCCUUAUAGGACACCAAGCAAAGGAUGUAGGCUGGUCAUCUCUAAAAAGGCACCUCACUGUGCCUUCAGAGCAGAGGUGGAGGGAAGGAGAGGCCCAAACCUAUUUUGCCGACCAGGACUUGUGGUGAAAAUAAGGGAGAGGUGAGGUUGCAUACACCUGAAACAUCUUACCUAGGAAUGUUGCAAGUCACCCAGAGUCAAGAAGAAAUGGGAAUCUCAUAGAUCAAUUUUCUAUUCAUUUCUGCAAAUGUAUUGGAUUAGUGUGAUUAUUCAGAUAGUCAAAACAGAAACCCACAGCCUUAUAUUACACCUCUCUGCAACAUGUACUGGGACAACUGCUUCUAAGAAACUCACAUUAACAAAAAAAACAAAGGAAACACAAUUUUUUUCUACAUUGACUUGACUUCAUGGAUCAUAAGGUUUGAACAUUAAUUUGGGGAGGAUCUGAAAUAGUGGGAGACAGAGAAAAAUGAUUCCGUUUCACUUUCCUUAUUUACAACCAACCUUCCUAUUUCUGUGGAACCCUAAAAAUAAUAACUAAGAAAAGAGUCCAACCAAGAUGGGGCAUGAUUCUGUGAAGAACUUUGCAUUUUGAUCUUGAGAGGACUGCUAUCAGACAUCAAAAAUAUAUCAUGGGGCAGUUGUGGGUCAUUACUCAAAUCUGACGCCCCUAAAGACUGCUCUUCUGGAUUUUUCUAGAAGAGACAAAUAUUCACUACAUGUCACUUAAAGAAUGUCCCUGGGGAAAGAAUCCUCUAGAGAAAGUCUCUUAAGGAAGUGGGAAGACUGCCUUGCACAUCACUUCCUGCUCCUCUUUUGGAGAACACGUGAAACCAGAAUUUCAAGACCGAUUGGAAUAGAGAGGGAAAUUAGACCUUUCCCUGAGUAGGUCAAGGGACAUUUAAUACUGGCCCAAACGUGGAGAUUCCUGUUUCUUUCAUUUCAGAAGGAUGUGAAUAUAGGACCUUUGGUGAUUCUAGACCUUCAAUUUUCAGAGAUCAUUUCCUAAAGCCUUUGAAAAUCUGUGCCCCAUUAUUCUCCACUGAGAGGCUGAACCACAAUGUCUUUCUUCCCAGUCUUAGCCUCCCAGAAAAGUGUAGCUGUGGGCUGGAAGGAACACAAACUACCAUUAGCAAGCAGGUGGUGAGAAAAACAAGUGGGUGGAGGGAGAGGGUUCCACUAAUGUCUUUUUUUGUUGUUGGCAUUUAGGAAAGAGUUAGGAGAAAGAAUUCACCAGCAAAACUCAUACAUGGGAGAAGAAAGGUGCCCAAGAAAUUUAAAAAGAAAAAAAACAAAAAACAAAAAACAAAAAGCAGCCAGUCCCCGCUAAGUAACUUGCCUUUUCAACAAUUUUGAGAAGGGUACCUCCAGCAUAGCUGCUAAACCUAAAUUAGCCCUUCAAGGCACAAGGCAAAGUCACCAGGUCAUGGUGGGUGGAGCAAAGUAUUUCCUUUUGUUGACCAGGGCAAAGGCUAGAGGAAAAAGGAAGCAGCAGCUACCAUGAUGAAGCAGUCUCUGGAGUGGCUCUCAGAUGCUGGCAGGGGAAAGGGUGAUGCUCAAUAUUGCCCCAUUUCUCUGGCUUUUUAUUCCUACGUUAAGCUCGAAUAAGAGUACCCUCGAAGAAUAUACAUACAUUUCCUUCUAAAGUGCCUGGGAAAUGAUGCUUGUGUUAAUUUGUCCGGGUUUGUUUGGGUGGGCUUCAUGCAUGCUAAAGUGACGAUCCUAACCUGAGUUUUGUCUUCUUUGAGAGAGGUAGAAAUAAGAGACAUUGGGGGAAUAAAACGAAUGUCUGUUCAUUUGAGAAAAUUGGCAUAUUUGAAAUGCUUCUUAUACUAACUCUUAUCUCAUUGUAGGAUUUUUUUUUUUUUAAGCCCUUUACUCUGACUACAUUUUUAUUCUUCCUGGAGGAUGGUAUCCAGGCAACAUGUCUCUUCUGCUAUGUAAUUCUGAGAAUUCUCCUUCCUGGAGUCCCUGAGCCAAACAAGCUUACAAUGAAGGCUGCAGCUGGGUCACUAGCAAUUUUCUCACUGUUUCCUGGCUUUGAGCAUCAGGCUUCCUGUCCAUGCUUUCAGAGCAGGAAUCAGACCCCUUUGUCUGAAAAGGAAAUCCCAGUUAUUUAAGUGUGUUAUGGGGGACUAAUGCCAUUGAAUAACCAAAAUCCUUUGAGAUUCAAUUCCCAGUGGAAAACUACAGCAUAUACACAAACAGAUUGUACGAGGAGCUGAGAAUUCUGAGAGAUAAGGCACUGAAGUCAUAGCAAUGGCAGACUCCCUUCCAUUUGAAUCAGACAUUCAGGUUUCAAUAAGACAGAGUGUGGGUUGAAGAUAAAGUGAGAGCCACCUUAUUCCAUUGACAUUGCAAACCAAGCUGACUGAGUCUUUAAUGUGAAACAAACAGUAAAGAAAAAAACAAAAAAACAAAAACUGAUGGACAGAAGCCAAAAAAAAAAAAAAAAAAAAGCUUGUAAGAAGAAAAUGCAGAUGGAAGAAUGUGGACAUUCAAAGAGUAACCAUUUCAAUAAAAUAUAUAAGCCAAACGUAAAUCUGUAAAAUAGUAAAAUGGGUGUUUUUGUUGUUAUGUUAUGUUGUACGCAAAGCAUUUCAGAAUUCUGUUCCAAAAGAUAUUUAUAGUUUGCUUCAUUUCUGGUGUUAAGCUGUUUAUGUGUCAAUCUGCUUUGUUGCCUUGUAAAUGGGAUGGUACGUGUCACAAAAGCAGUUAUUGAUUGUAACUCCAUUUGUAUUAGCAAUGAAAAAAUAAAUAAGGGAAGACAGCA